AUGCAAAUCCCCAAGCUCGCCCUGCUCAUUGUCACUGCACUGCUCUCCAUGACUGGAGAAGCCUGUAAGUGCUACGGAGACAAGGGUAAUCUGAACAACGGCGCAACUCACAAGUGCUGUAACGACUACCACGGCGUUUACUCCGGUAAUGAUUGCAAGGCCGGCUCUAUCUCCGAGCACCUUAGGGGGUUCGACAGUUGCUGCAAGGGACAAGGUUCCGAUUGCGAUUUCCCUCACUUGGCUAAAGCCGAGGCAAAGAUGGUCACAGCUGCUAAGCAUGUUGAAAUUAAGACUGCUCUUGCAGCUUAG